AUGCCAAAAGGACGAAAAUCUCGAGUGGAUAUGCAAUCUGCACCAUCUGUGGAAUCAAAUGUUUCACAAAAUAAUCCAUCAACAAAUCAAAUUACAGCUUCUUCACGCUCACAGAGCGAAUUUCCUACACCAGCAGAAGCAAUGGCUGAUCUUUCAUUACAAUCGACUGAACAUAAAGCAGAAAAAAUUGGUCGUUCUCAAACCGAACAUCCAACAAAGCGACGAUAUGGUGUGUACUCUGUUGUACCUGAUUCGGCUGUAUUGAUGCCUAUUCGUCGUCCUGAUGCUCAUGGCACUGCUGGCAAAGCUAUAGAAGUCUAUACGAAUCACUUUCCAGUGUCUAUUGACACUGCGAUCAUCAAUCAAUACGAUAUCGAAGUAGUAAUGAUUCGUGAUGGACGACGACCAUGUCCAGCAAAGAAAAAUGAACGUUGGGAAGUACUUCAAGUACUUAGUAAAAAAGAAAAGGAUUUUCCUAUUGUUUGGUAUGAUGAAGGAAAAAAUUUAUAUACCAGAGAAUUGUUGACUGAUUUUACACAACCUCGUCGAGUUAAAUUAACAAUUAAUAAUGAAGAGAAAAUCUUUGAGUUUAAAGUACUUAAUCUUGUUCGACAAGAAAAAAUCGGAAAUAUUUUCGAUUUUAUCAAUGGAAAAACCACAAUACGACCACGUGACCCUAUACGAAUUAUAGAAACUUUGUUUAAACAACGUGUUCAUGAUCAAUAUAUUUGUAUAAGAAAUAAAUACUAUGAUCGACGUCAACAACUGCUUGAUCUUGGCGAUGGACGUGGCUUAGCUAGUGGCUUUCAUCAAGCACUUUGUUUGACUCGUGGUGGUCCUACAAUUAAUGUCAAUUUGGCAUUUACAUGUUUCUAUCAACCAAUAAAUUUUGUUGAUUUUGCUUGUCGAUAUCUACGUCAAGACAUUAGACAGGGAAUUGUAGAAUGGGAACGUGCUAUGAGACCAUUAGACAGCGUACAGCAACGUUUAGUAGCACAAAAAGCCAUUGUUAAACCUGAACAACGCUACAAUGAAAUCAUGGAUAUUAUAAAUAAACGCAAUUUUAAUGGAGAUUCUUAUUUAAAAGCACUUAAUAUUCAAGUUAAAACUGAAGAUAUGUUGAAAAUACAAGCUCGUAUUUUACCUCCACCCCAAAUAAAAUAUCGAGCACAAAAUAAUCAAGAAGUUGUUGAGCAUGUUGCAUUUGGGAAAUGGAAAAUUCGAAAUCAAUUUCGUUCAACAUCGGUGAUCAAUAAAUGGGGUAUGAUUUAUUUUGGCUCGAAACCUGACAACAAUAUAAUCGGAAUUCUAAAAAAUUUCGAGAAACAAUUACCAUCGUUACUAAUGAGAUACGGUAUUGGAAUCAAUUCAAAUCCGUUGACCAUAGCUAAGCCAAGUCGCAAAGAUGACAUUGACCAAACAUUCACACAAGUUAAGAGUCAAGAUUGGCAAUUGGCGAUUGUCAUCUUAAAUGACACGGUACCGGAAGUUUAUAAUUAUGUUAAAAAAUUAGGAAAUCAAAAAAUUGGUUUAAUAACUCAAUGUGCUAGUUUUCAAGCUAUACAAAGAAAUUCCGAAAAACUUCAUAUGUAUGUAGAAAAUUUAAGUCAAAAAUUGAAUGCUAAGAUCGGUGGCAUCAAUGGUAUCGUUAAUCUAAAAGCUGCUCUUAAUCAAGCAUCGAAUAAUGAUCGUUUCAUGUUUUUCGGUGUUGAUGUAACUCACACAACUUCAUCGAAAGAAAGACCAUCGAUUGCGGCCAUUGUUGGAUCAUGUGAUCCAACAUGUAGCCGUUAUGCAGUUCGUCUUUGUGAACAAUAUUCAAAGAAAGAGCGUUGUUCAAUUGAAAUUAUUAAAGAGAUGGAUAAGAUGGUCAUCGAUUUACUUCGUAUUUAUGCUCGUUCAUGUGGUAACACACUACCAAAUCGAAUCGUCUUUUAUCGCGAUGGUGUCGAUGACGGACAGUUUCAAAAAGUAUUAGAUAAUGAAGUUAAAAAAAUCAAAGAUGCUUGCCGAGUUGUAUAUGGACAGAACCCACUGCCUCGAUUAACCUUUAUUAUUGUUAAGAAACGACAUAAUACACGUUUCUUUACUUACGAUGGUCAACGAACAGACAAUGUUGAAGCGGGUACUGUUAUUGAUGUUGAUAUAACACACCCAUCUGAAUUUGAUUUUUACUUAUGUUCACAAGCUGCUAUAAUGGGAACAUCACGUCCAGCACUGUAUCAUGUACUUCAUGAUGAAAAUGAAUUUAGUAGUAACGAUAUUCAACAAUUAACAUACUGGCUCUGUCAUACUGAUGCUCGAUGUUCGAAGUCAGUUUCCAUUCCAGCUCCAGUACAUUAUGCUCAUUUAGCUGCAUAUGCUUCCCAUGUAUACGAAUUCGACCAUGAUGGUGAUGAAAUCCUGGAAAAUGAGGACAAUCAAAAUGUACCGGAACCCAUCUCACUUGAAGAUAUACGAACAAACGUGAUGAUACUGAAUAACAAUAUACAGGAUACGAUGUGGUUCGUUUAA